CCGUCAGGUGAUGACUGUUGGCAAUCCUGAAGAGCUGUCAAGAUUACACCAAACGAUGCAAUCCGUUGUCUUCGCAGACGAAAACAUCCGUAAUUAAAAAAGAAUUUCGUCUUUGAUUUAUCAGUAUGACUCUUGAUUACUGCUCAAACGACUUCGAAGUUUUAUGAUAAUUUAUUCUUGGAGAGUUCAUCCAGUCUUCCCAUGCUGUUGAGAUAGUUUUACUGGCAGUGUAAACAUGACUGGGGAAAGCAACUGCACUCUGUACGUGGGAAACCUCGACCUAUCAGUGACCGAGGAACUCAUCCGUGCUCUCUUCAAUCAAUUGGGUGAGGUUUUAAGCUGUAAAAUGUUCCACGAGUCCAAUAGUGACCCUUAUUGUUUUGUCGAGUUUGCUGACCACACAAGCGCGCUUCAUGCCAUAACCAUGAUGAAUGAUAAGAUGCUCCAGACGCGCAGAAUGAGGGUUGACUGGGCGACUGGUCAGGGCAACAAGAACAAAGCCAAUAAGGUAGACACGACACGACACUUUCAUGUGUAUGUCGGGGAGCUCAGUCCUGAGAUAGACGAGCAGGCGCUCAGGGAUGCGUUCAGGGUCUUUGGUGAGAUCUCUGACUGUAAGGUUGUCAAGGACCCACAGACGUACAAGUCCCGUGGCUACGGUUUCGUGGUCUUUGUUAAAAAGUACGAUGCGGAGGUGUCCAUUCAGAACAUGAAUGGUCAGUGGCUUGGGCGCAAGAUGAUCAAAGCUCGUUGGGCGACGCGCAAGCUGCCUAGUGUCACUCAAGAGAGCAAACCUGAGCCCAAUGCCUUGGACUACGACGAAGUCUUCAGCCAAACCACCGGCACCAACACGACCGUCUUCGUCGGGGGACUGAAGCAAGACGUCACCGAGGAAUCCCUGCAGCAAGCCUUCCAUUCCUACGGGGCUAUUGACAAGAUCAAGAUAUUUAAAGAGAAAGGCUAUGCCUUCAUCAAAUACACGUGUAAGGAGCACGCUUGCCAAGCGAUCGUUGCCCAGCACAACAGCAACCUCAACGGCCAGACGAUCCGCUGCUCGUGGGGCAAAGACACUGGACCUGAGGGACAGCCUCAGCCACCCACGGCCACGUCACCCGUCCUUGAGCACCCCGCGGUCGUGGCCACCCCUACAAUGUCCACCCAGCCAGUGGCUGUGUCCCCCGUGGCAGCGGCGUACGCCAAUGCCGUCGUGCCCGUAGGCAUGCAGCAAAUGGCAGCAGCCGUGGCAGGGCAGCCGAUCGUAGGCGCGGUUCCCGUGUCCAUUGCCCAGUACAGCGCGCCGCCCGCUGGCACUGUCACGGUGCCCGGUCAACAUAUGCACCUUCAUCAUCCUCACUACGCGGCAGCUGCGGCCGCUGCUGCCAACCAGCAGGCCAUCAGCUACUGGCAGUACUACUCCCAGCACGCAGCAGCUGCUGCCAUGGCUCAGCAGCAACAACAGCAGCAUGCGCUCGCUGUGGCCGCAGCAGCAGCGGCCGCUGGCCCGCACAUGUCCCCUCAGCAGGCCGGCGCACCCAUGCACGCUGCCUUCCCCGGCCACCCAGUGGCGCCCUCGUCAUAUUUGCCACAGUACUACGCCACCGUGCCGUCUUCCCCCGCUGCUCCCUCCCCGCACCACCCCGUGGCUGCCACCUCUCCUGUACACCACCAGUACCAGAUGGCGGCGUCCCAGGCCCCCACCGUGGCCCCUCCUCCUGGGUACAUGUGGAUGUACCAAACGUACCCCGCCGCGUCUGCUGGACAUCCUCUCGUGCCACAGCAAUGAUCCUGACCUGCGCUUCUCUCAGCUCGACCUCCUCUUGAGCUCAUCCUUCCUCUGUACCAGUGACCGUCUCUGUACCAGUGACCGUCUCUGUAGCCCCGCAGUCCUACAGAGUUGACUUGUGUGUUCUCUGCAUUACGAGCUCGGUGCAUUUUUUUCUGCAGUUAGGCGUGUUUUUUUCUAUGGCGCGGUUGUCUUUCUGUGCAGAGAAGGCGCUUUGUUUUACGGAAUUCAAACUUGAUUUUGUUUUGCAUUGAAGACAUGAUGCGGUUAUAUCUGCAUUGCGAAUACCGUACACUCUAAUGAGCUUUUGAAGUAAAGUUAAUUAGCAACGACUAAUUACCGAUUGUAACUUAUGCAAUACCAAGCGUCCUGUAGCAGUUCGCUGUCCCUCGCGUAUUUUUACAGUUAUCAGACUAAUGAGAAUCGAUGUAUUCAUCUUACCAACGAUCGCUUGUGCUACGAAAAUUGUGGUCAAAAAUUAUUUUAUAUAACGACAAAAUAACUUCGUUUAAUUAUCUCAAUUAAUCUUGCUUUGUCAUCACUUUCCAUUCACUGUCAUAUUGAAUUAUUGUGGAAGUUCUGAGUCUUAUUAUUUAUUUAUCAAUUAAAGGACUCGGAAUAAGUUUUAUGUCUUGUCUCUAGCGCGACUUUUCCCAACUUCUGCGUUACUAGAAUUGCGUUGAUUUCACUUCAAACUUGUUAACGUUUGCAUUUUGUGCGCUAUAGUUUAGCAAAACUCCAUGUUUGGUUCUGGUCUACUGACAAUUUUGGUUAAUCUUAUAGAAAUUCUUUCGCUACGCCCAUGUAACGAGUAGUAAAUACAGAUCAGCCACA